CGGUCGCCACCGCGGCGGAGCUGGGUGCCGAGCGCUCUCCGUUCCGCCCGGCCAGCCAGCCCGGGAGCCGGGCGGGGGCGGGAGGAAAGGGGGAGGGCUGGGGGACGGAAAGGGGCGAGCCCCUCUGGCCUGGCACCGGGAAGAGCUGCCGCCGCGGCGCGGAGCGAGCCCAAGAGGCGAGGCAGAGCCAUGCUGCCUUUGUGCAAAGUUGGGCGGCGGGCGGCGCGCCGCGCGCAGGGGCCCGGCACACCCGCGACCGCGCGCAGUCGUGGCUGCUGCUGAGUGGCGGGGACCACCCCCCACCCCAGCUCCCCCAGCCCUUGAAGGCGGAGAGAGCUCGCGUCUCGCUCGGCUGCAGGGUAAGUCCAGCUGUGAGCAGGGUGUUCUGUUCUUCACUUCCAGCAAGCCAGAGUUUUAUAAAUGGACGCUGACAUGGACUACGAAAGACCCAACGUGGAAACCAUCAAGUGCGUGGUUGUGGGAGACAAUGCCGUGGGAAAGACACGCUUGAUCUGCGCCAGAGCGUGUAAUACCACGCUGACACAGUACCAGCUGCUGGCUACCCAUGUCCCCACCGUGUGGGCCAUUGACCAGUACCGAGUCUGCCAGGAGGUCUUGGAACGUUCCCGGGAUGUUGUUGAUGAAGUGAGCGUUUCUCUCAGGCUUUGGGACACGUUCGGAGAUCAUCACAAAGACAGGCGUUUUGCAUAUGGCAGGUCCGAUGUUGUGGUCCUCUGUUUUUCGAUCGCUAAUCCCAAUUCCCUAAAUCAUGUGAAAACCAUGUGGUAUCAAGAAAUCAAGCACUUUUGCCCUCGCACACCUGUUGUUCUAGUUGGCUGCCAGCUAGAUCUCCGCUAUGCUGAUCUUGAAGCUGUUAAUAGAGCCAGACGCCCUUUAGCAAGGCCCAUAAAGAGAGGGGAUAUUCUGCCCCCAGAAAAAGGCCGAGAGGUUGCAAAGGAGCUGGGUAUACCCUACUAUGAAACAAGCGUGUUUGACCAGUUUGGCAUCAAAGACGUGUUUGACAAUGCAAUCCGAGCGGCGCUCAUUUCCCGACGGCACUUGCAGUUCUGGAAAUCCCACCUGAAGAAAGUCCAGAAACCUUUACUUCAGGCACCGUUCCUACCUCCAAAAGCGCCCCCGCCGGUCAUCAAAGUUCCAGAAUGUCCCUCCACAGGGACGAACGAAGCUGCCUGUUUACUGGACAAUCCUCUGUGUGCCGACGUCCUCUUCAUCCUCCAGGACCAGGAGCAGAUCUUUGCACACCGAAUUUACCUCGCUACCUCCUCUUCCAAGUUUUAUGAUCUUUUUUUAAUGGACUGUGAAGAAACCCCCCACUGGAGUGAAGGAGCUUGUGAGAGAGAGAAGCAAGGCAGGGAUCCCCAGGGGUGGGCGCAGAGUCUUGACCCAGAUGAGGAAAGGGAAGAGGGCACCCCAAGGACGCCUCAGGCUGAUCAGUGGACCCCCUCGAGCCAGAACCUGUCCCAACAGGAGACCCUGGGGCUGGAAGCCGAGAACUUGGUGGCAGAGACACAGACCCUGUUGGACUGGAGUAAAGGGUUCAUUGGCAUGCACAAGGAGAUGCAGGUCAACCCCAUCUCAAAGCGGCUGGGCCCCAUGACCGUGGUCAGGAUGGACGCGUCCGUCCAGCCAGGCCCUUUCCGGACCCUGCUCCAGUUUCUCUAUACGGGGCAACUGGAUGAAAAGGAAAAAGAUCUGGUGGGCCUGGCUCAGAUCGCAGAGGUCCUAGAGAUGUUUGAUUUGCGGAUGAUGGUGGAAAACAUCAUGAACAAGGAAGCCUUCAUGAACCAAGAGAUUACGAAAGCGUUUCACGUCCGGAAAGCCAAUCGGAUAAAAGAGUGUCUUAGCAAGGGGACAUUCUCAGAUGUGACAUUUAAGUUGGACGAUGGAGCCAUCAGUGCCCACAAACCGCUGCUGAUCUGUAGCUGCAAGUGGAUGGCUGCCAUGUUCGGGGGGUCAUUUGUCGAAAGCGCCAACAGUGAGUGCUCCUCAUCCCUGAAAACAUGUACAGCUAUAUUUUUUAACAAAUGUCACCAGUCACUAUCAAAAUCCCCUCAAAGAGGAGCACACUGUCUUCUAGAAGUUGAAGACGGUGGAAAGUGUCUUCAGUCACUUAAACCUGGGCUUGACUCUGCCAACAACAGAUGAGGGAUCUUAAAAAGCCACCUUCCUGUGCCUCAAUCUCCUUAUCCUAAAGGUGAGCGAUGUGCUAGGUCAUGCUCAAGGGCCCCUUGAUCUAAUAGUCCCUGAGGUUCUCUCCCCUAACGUGUCUCAACUCUAGGGUUUGUCACCUCUAGGGAAACAGAGAUGGGGCAAAGGGUCUCUCAGAGUACUUGUUACAUCUAGAAGAAGCCACUGGGUCACUUGCCAAAUGCCGGCCCUGUCUCCAAAAAGGGAUGUUAUUAGAGCAGAGCAAGCAGCAUCUUGGAGACCUUGUAUCUCCACCUCUUCACAAGCUGUUGAAAAAGAAAGAAAAAUUCCCUUCAAGCAUUUCUAACUUGUGUCUAGAGGUAGACAUUUUUUGUUGAGUUUUGCAAAUAUUUCUUACCCAUCUUUUAAAAAUAUAUAUGGGGACACCCCAUCAAGCUUAUUGUCCCUACUGGGCUUAUUUUUGCUUAUCUCAACAUCUCUCCAAACUUUUAACAGAAACACAGAAAACAGUAACUAACUUCGAAGGGGAGCCCUCACCCCAGAAAUCUGAGCACUCCCUUUGUGACCCAGGAGCCUGCAUUUGUAUCCCCAAGUAGGGAAACAGAAUCCUGUAAUCACAGGCCAGGAUGGCUGGCUGUCAGUAGGCCACCCUCCUGCUUUCAGAACAGACUGCAGCUGCUCCUAAACCAACCCCCAGCCUAAGACUGUCUGCUGUCGGGGGAAAAGAUGUUAGAAUUAUCCUGAUGACCUCUUCUGAUGUCUGCCAGCCUUUGUAAACCAGGAGGUCCUCAUCUGCAGCUAAAUGAAGUCUUUCCUCUGCCAUCAAAGGUGUCUGGGAGCAUCAUUAACUAAGACCACAGCAACUGGUAGAGGCUACCCAGUGAAGGGACUGUGGGGCUCAGAUCCCCGACUCCUCUGCGUACAAGCUGUUUGGCCUUGGGCCAGUGAUCACCUUUCUGAGCUCCAGCAUCCCUAUCUGGAAAAUGUGACCAUAACCCGUAAUGUGGUUGCGAGGUGUGAGAGUCAGUACCCAUGAAGCACCUUGUAAGCACUAAAUGCAAAAUGAUGUCAGCCUUAUAUGGAUGCUGGCAGCAUUGAUGAUAUUCUUUCCCUCUUCUUCAAGAAAACUGGGGGACGCUGCCAAUUAAUAAAACCUCAUCCAACUGGCACAGCACCAACUUCAGUAAUCUCUCGAGAUAAAAGAGCCCCAAGACUCGCUUCCCCUCUUUUGCCAACUUGCUGAAGCAUGUGCCCUAGGGUACCUGCUUAUCACCUGGCAGAGAGCAGUUGAUCGAGGUCCAGGGCCCAGGCACAAAGAGACACUGUCAGAGCUGACCUCACUGAUGCUAAUCCCCUUUAUCCCUUCUCAGGAUGGAUUGUAAUUGUCUCCAGAUUAAAAUGUGCAGGAGAGGUGACUAAAACAGAAACUUGGCGGCCAAUGUGAAUGCACACGGGUCUGGUCGCGUCACAGCCUCUCUCUGGGGUGGCGUCUGUUUAGCAUCGCCCUGCCCACCCCCCUCCCCACCUCAAGGACAAGGUCGCUCACCACUUAGAACUGCAGCUGAGCCUAAUACAGAUGUGUAGUUUCAAUGCAGCUCAAAACACAAAAGCCAUGGAACCAAGCUACCAAAAGUCUAUACCAAGACGCCUAAUAUAUGAAGAAUGAUGUGAGCUGCAGAUACGUCCACUCUUUCCCACCCCUUCUCAUGACUUCCAGGGUACACGGAAGUGUUCUGUUAUACACGGUUAUGACUUCUAGUCUCAGUGUGACCUUGGGCAAGAGACCAACUCUCUUUAGACCUGUGUCCUCACCUCUAAAAUGGGGAUCACAAGAGAACCAUCUCCAAAGGGCAGGUCAGGCAUGAACGUAUGUGUGUAAAGCAUCAGAUUUGGUGCAUGAAACGUACAAAGGCUCAAGCAAUGUUGAUGACUAUAUUCCUGGAGGAGUCUUGUUAAAUUGUUUCCAUGAGGAGUUCAAGGUCUCUGUCCCUCAACAGUCCUCAGGUAACAAGCCACCAGGUCCCUUCCUAAACUAGCAGUGUGUGGUAGAGGUGGUUAUGGGGGUAAGAAGAAGUACUUGGGUGAAGUCUCAAUAAAUGUUCUAUGGUUAAUUUAGGCCUGUAUAUGCAUGGGCCUGUGCUUUCCAGGCCACCUUUUUACUCUUUAUUGUUUUGUGAAAAUCUGACGUCCCCCACAAAAUCCAACUUUUUUUUUUUUUUGCAUUAAUAGAAUUCACAUGCAUAUACAGAAAGGAAUAAAAUAUGCCCACUGAUGUUCUUUUAACUUUUUUUGUCAUUUAAUAUUUAAGACACUGUAUUUUACUUCUAUUUUUCUCAUUACUUUUAAUGUAGCAGUAAGCAUAAUUCUCUCCCCAGAGGUACUCAGCAAGUGGUUCAUUAAAAAUGCAUGCCCAUGUUGUAGUAAGCAAUGCUCUGGAUCUAGAAUACUUUCUCGUUCUCUAUGAGACCGUCUCUAAUUAUAAGCCCAAUAGUCUGAGCUGAUCUUUGCAAUUAAAUUUUUAAACCAGCUAAACUGGAAUAUGGGUCAUUGCUAAGGGUAGCAUUGUAUUCUUAUCUUUUUAAAAGCUACAUUCAGCAGGUAGGGCACAAUGUUUUUAAUUCCAUUUGUUUUAUUUAUAUUAUUUUUUAAAGUUCUAUAAAAAUGGUCUCUCUGUUGCUACUCAGUUUAUUAGUAAUGUUGAAAUCACAGGGAAAAAAACAACAGUGAG